AUGGACGCUGCCACCGCCACCAACGCUCGCAUCAACAAGUUUGAUGGUUCGAACUUCCACACUUGGAAGUUCAAAAUGCAGAUGGUGCUGGAGGAGCGGGACCUUUGGGAAGUGACAAGCGGGGAGAUCAAGCUGGAACACCUUGCCACUACGCUGGAUCAGUCAACGUUCAAGCGCAAGUCAAGGAAGGCGCUCGCGAUAAUCUGUCUUGCGAUGGAGGACUCGCAGCUGCCCCUGGUCCGGUCGGCAAGUGGAGCGUACGAUGCAUGGUCGCGGCUGGAAGGCCACUUUGAGAAGAAGAGCUUAGCCAACAAACUCUUUCUUCGUCGCCGUUUCUUCACGGCCAAGAUGGAGGAAGGCGAUGAUGUGCUUUCGCACAUCAACAAGAUAAAGACACUGGCGGAACAACUCGACGCGGUGGGUGCUCCGGUCAGCGAAGACGACCUGGUGAUCACGCUUCUUGGAAGCUUAAGUGAGUCGUUUGCAUUUCUCAUUACUGCUUUGGAGUCAAGGGCCGACUCGCUAUCGUGGGAACUGGUGACAUCCAGGCUGCUACAUGAAGACAUGAAGCGCAAGGAGCAAGGCAGUGACGGGGUCGCUGCAGGUCAAGCGUUCAUGACAGGUGAGAAGAAGCGUAGUGGACGGCCAUUCAAGAAGACUGGCGCGUGCAACUACUGCGGUAAGAUGGGUCAUUGGAUCGCGGAGUGUACCUCACGGAUCCAUGACAACGCGGACCGGCAGCGUCCGCAGCGUGCGAAUGUGGCGCACGAUCAAGAUGAAAAAUUGGACGAUUUCCUGUUUGCAGCUGGACUGGAGAGCAACGACGACGACAGCGUCAAGAAUCCAGCAUGGCUCAUAGACUCUGGUGUGACACAGCACAUGUCAUUCUCAAAGCGGUUUAUGACAAACUACAAGACCAUCGAUCCAGUUAACGUUCAUCUCGCAGACGACGGGGUCGUGCAGGCGAUUGGGACCGGCAACGUAGUGAUGAUGAUGAAGACACCAAGUGGUGCCAAGAAGGGUGUGCUUACGAAUGUGUGGCACAUUCCAAAGCUUUCACGCAAUCUGUUCUCAGUUGGCCGAUUUACCAAGGAUGUCGCGGCAGUGACGUUUGAUACGAGCACCUGUUAUGCAAAUUUCAAGAACCAGAAGUGGAAGAUCGGCGAGCGUGCCGGCAAAGGUCUCUUUAGACUAUGCAUGACACCUGUGCAACAGAACCUCGGUGUCGGCAUCGACAUUACAUCUGUGGGCAAGUGGGAGCUUUGCAACGGAUGCGCGCUCGGAAAGCAGACACGAGUGAUUUUUCAGUCAACUACACGUAAACCAGCCAAGGACCUGCUUGACGUCGUGCUUUCCGAUGUAUAUGGACCAAUGCAGACUUCGACAUUUUCCAACAAGCGCUAUUUUGUGACGUUCAUCGAUGACAAGUCGCGGUUUUGUACUGUGUACCUAAUUCACAGCAAGUCUGAAGUGUUAGACAGAUUCAUGCAGCUCACCAAGUUUGCCGAGACUCAGACCGGUCGUCGCAUCAAGAUGCUCCGCAGCGAUAACGGUGGAGAAUAUGUUUCCAACAAGUUCGCCGCGUUCUGUCGCAACAAAGGCAUCAUACAGCAAUUUACACCGCCGUACACCCCACACCUCAACGGAGUGGCGAAGCGAAUGAACAGGACUCUAGUCGAGAGUGCUAGAUGCAUGAUUGAGCAUGCGGGACUAAGCAAGCGCUACUGGGGUGAAGCAGUGUCAACGGCAGCGUUCCUACGCAAUCGAAGUCCGACGCAAGCAAUUGGCCAUGAAAAGUCCCCGCACGAGGUAUGGACGAAGACGAAGCCGUUGUUGAAAAACCUGAAAGUCUUUGGAUGUCACGCAUAUGUGCAUGUGCCUAAAGAGAAGAGUUCGAAGCUUGAUGCGCGAUCGACGUUGUGUCGCUUCUUGGGCUACUCAGACCACGAAAAGGCGUACCGGUUUGAAGAGAUAUCAAGCAGUCGCAUUCUAGUGAGUCGCGACGCCCAAUUCAUGGAAGACAUGUUCGACAGCGGGAAGUGCAUGCAACAAAGUGGCAUCGACCCUAUCGAGUAUCAUAACACUGAUGAAGGCUUCAACGGUCGUGACAACGGGGUUGCCAAUGAAGACAUGGAUGUGCAUAUGCCCGAAUCAGCAUCGAUCCAUGAGCGGCCACAAUGGCAACAAAUGCAGCGUUCAAGUCAUCAACCGCAGUAUCCGCAGCAUCAGACAGCCGAGUUUCUACCGGGGUCGAAAAGACAUGUACGCACACAGUCACUAGAAGCUUUGUCAGAGCCGCCAAUGGAAAAACGCUAUGGACGCGGGGCUAGUACAAGUGGUGUACACACAUCGUCUGUGCAAGGUACUGCGUCACCACUCGAAGCCAUGUCGGCGCUUCUCGCAUCUAUUGAUGAAGAAGAAGACGAAGAAAAUGAAGAAGACUGUGCUAACGUCGUGGAUUCAGUGGGAGAAGCGCCGAUGACAUUCUCAUCGGCUAUGGAAUCCAGCGACGCAAGACAGUGGCGAGAAGCGUGCGAAUCAGAGUUUCAGUCAUUGUGCAAGAACAACACGUGGGAACUCGUGCCGUUACCAAGUGAUCGCAAGGCGAUCAGCAGCAAGUGGGUGUUCAAGGUGAAGGAGACUGUUGAUGGACUCAUCGAGCGAUACAAAGCGCGCCUCGUGGCAAAAGGAUUUUUGCAAAAGUACGGUGUGGACUUCGAGGAGACGCUCGCACCAGUGGCCAAGUUCGCGUCGAUCCGGAUCAUUGUGAGCCUCGCCGCGCAGCACAACCUCGUACUCACCAGAUGGACGUCAAAACGGCGUUUCUCAACGCUCAAGCGUGCGUUGUACGGACUCAAGAAAUCCCCUCGAAUGUGGAACCAGACUAUUGAUGAGUUCAUGCGCAAUAUUGGCUUCACCAAGUGCGAGAUGGAUCACUGUGUCUACGCCAAGCGUGACGACAAGGUCAUGAUGUUUGUUGUCAUAUACGUCGACGACCUCAUCCUUGCGUGCAACAACAUGGACAUCCUCGCAGCCACCAAACGUGCAUUGAGCGAGCGAUUCGAGAUGUCCGAUCUCGGUGAGCUUUAG